AUGUCGACAGAGGCCAAGCGGAGACGCAACCAGAAGAAAAAGCAGAAGCAGAAGCAGAAGAAGGCGGCGGAAAAGAUGCAGGAGCAGGCGUCGCUGGAAUCGACGCUGGGGUCGCCGAUUGACGUAUCAAUCUUCGAGCAACAGCAGUACGGUGGGGCGGAGGACGCAGAGGCCGCGGGCGCGGCAGCCGCGAGAGAAAGCGCGGAUGAGAGCCGCGGGGCAUCUGUCGAAAGCUCCGGAUCCACAGACAACGCGAUCGGCGACGAUCGUGCGGGCAGCGCACCGUCGCCGUACGUGGCGGUCGGUGACUCUGCGGCGGUGUCGACCGCGGUGGAAGUGAGCGCGCCCCUCCAGGACGAGGCGUUCUCGGCUGUGGAUGUGGAGGCCACAGAGUCGCCGGCCAGUGCGCUGCCGGCUGCGUCGGUGGAGGAGAGCGAGCACGUGAGCAUAGCUACGCCAGCAGAGCCUUCGGCAGCACCUGUGGCCCCAGAGGCGGCGGCUUCAGAAGAAAACGUAGUGCAGAUGGCGGGGGAAAACGGAACGAAUCCAGAGGCUGACGUACCUAUCGAAGAUGAGAGCAACUUUCUAUUUGGGGACAGUCCUCACUCGCCGCUUCCAUGGGACGACGGCGGAGCCAGCGACCCAGAACAGCGUCCCGAGAUGACCGAGGAGCGUCCAGAGUUACCUACAUUCGAGGAGGAGCGCACCCAGCACACUUCAUUACUUCCAAGCACCAGCAACGAGCAUAAAACCCCGCAGGAAGCUCUGAGUUCGGAAGAAGACCAAGCCGCCGAGCCUGAACAGAAUAUAGGGGUGUGUGACGGACACGCCGAAGAUUCCACAGUUGAUGUUGAAUGGGAACAGCAUACCUCAUCAUCUGAGCUUUUCGGUGAAGAGCAUGACACUCCGCACUCCCCGCUGCCAUGGGAAGAACAGGAGGCUGCCGCGCCUGAAGAAAAUAGAUCACGGAUGGAGGAACACAAGGAAUCCAUAUCCGGAGACGAGCGUGACCAGGACGUUCCAAUUACUGAGGAUUCCGCGAAGACUGGGUCCUUACCAGAAGACACUGUGCCGGGUGAGAACACGCCCGGUGAUAUACCCGAAACUGCCACUUCAGCGAAAAAUGUGGAUUUCGACAGUGCUAAUGGGACAGGAAAUGUUCCUGUAGAGUCUCAGGCGCACAGUACGACGCAUACCCCCGAGGAAUAUGCUGCAGAUUCUAAUAGCCUGUUUGCUCUGGAAGAUGACGGAGGUGAUUUCUUGGCAGAACUAUCUAAUGGCCAUGAUGUCAGUUCCCAGAGCGCAGCAGACAUGCUUCCAAUAGAUGAUAAUGUACCGAGGACUACAUUCGAUGGUGCAGAUGCAUUGGCCGGGCCUGCAGAAACUUAUGAACCAGGAGACCUAUUCGCUGACGAAGAUACUGCUGAAGAGCCUCCCUGGGCGCAAAAUACCAAUCCAAAUGUUGACACAUCUCAACAAUUACCAGUAAGCAGGUCUUCUGCAGAACUUUCUUCGAGCCAAGCAGCGAAGGAAACUCCUGGAAUCGAAGUUCCGCCCCCUAUGUUUUGGGAUGAGGAAUCAGAUUCGAUAGAAGCGAGCAACGAUCAGUUGGCUUUCACCCCUGUGGCGCAACGGGGCAAAGUUACGUUACCUGAUAAAAAGUUUUCUUUCUUAGAUAAUGAUGACGACCUAUUGAACGAUGAUGAGGAAGAGGAAGCAAAUGCAGGUGAUCAGCCCGAAAAUGAUCAAGAGAAUUGCGAUGACGAUAGCUUCCUAGAUUCUGAUGAGGAGCCCCCUCUACUGCCCCCCAAAGCUGGCAAGACGACAUACACACCAAGCACGCAGGUGUUAGGCCAAGAUAGAAGUUCAUACGAUGCCCAUAAUUUGAGUUCGUCUAUGGCAGUUAGUCCCGCAGUUGCAGCUGUUACUGGGCAACAGCAAUUUUUGCCAGGCCCUCCAGUUCCUGAGAAACCCAAAGUUGGCAAAUAUGCACUACCAAAACAGCCAAAUCCUCCUCCGCAAACCAAUAAAGGUUACUAUGCCCCUACCCUUGGAGGAGUUGGCCUAGAAGCUACAGAUAAACCACCCGUUCUUUCCGUAAACGAUGAAUCUGUUAGGAGGCUAGAGGAGGAAAAAAAGAAGUCUGAUGCAUAUGAUUUCCCAUUGGAAUUGGUUAAGUCGAAACCAAAACCCGCAAAGCCGGUUCCUGUCCCAUCGAUACCCUCUAUAGUCACUGCCUCACAGCCGGCUUCGCGUUCAUUUUCACCUAGUGACGCACAACCUGUAUUCAGUCCGGAGAAGGCCGGUAUAACACCAUUAAAACCCACGGUACCACCUGUAAAGAAUCCUUACCAGCCCAAUUUUGAUGGUAACUAUUUAUCACUGGUAGACGCGGUAAAUUCUAGGACAUCCUCCGUACAACAGAAUCCCUAUGCGCCACCGCCUGUUAAUGUCGGCCCACAAGUAACAUCAGAAAAACCUUAUGCGGCAUAUGAAGGAGCUGCCAGUGGCAGUCAAUCUCAGCACCCAUUCCCACCCCAGCCAUUAGGUGCCUAUGGUACCAACGCCCCCAAGCCUCCUCUAAAUUCAUAUAACUUGGCAGCAGCACAAAUGGAUUCGCCGAAAGAACGUCGCCCCGCUGCAUAUGUUAAUACGUCUAGAACACGGGCCAUCAGUAAUGCAUCAGUUGGUAGCAGCGGAUCUUAUAAUAGCCAUCAAUUGCCAGCUGGUCCAACUGUAGUUCCGCCGCGGUUUGCAUUUCCCCCGCCGCAGGCUCACAUAUCACCAACUAUUCCUGCUCUUCAGACAGUGGGCAUCGCGGGCGCCCCGCCGGCGGUUUCUUCUCCGGGAACGCAACGCAGAACACAUGCACGUUCUCAUUCUAGUGUUUACGCGCCGGCCAAUGCGCCACAUGCAUCAAAAUACGCUCCAACUGUCCAUCCUUCAGUUCAGCAAAAGUAUCCUUCGGUUGCGGGUCCUUCGAAACGCAGUUUGGCUGGCAAUGGCGUUCCAGAUGGUGUUUCUAAUCGGGUUCUCCCACCUACAAUACAGGAAGUACCUGUCGAUGGACAUGCAUUAAACUUCAGGCAAUUCCCUCUUUUCAAUUGGAGCCAAACAUCUAAAAUAGUAUAUGGUUUAUCACUUCCAAUUGAUACGGGGAAUUAUAUGCUGGGAAAGCCUUUCCCAGUUAGUGGAAUUCAUGUCCGUAACUCUGAAAGCAUUUUAGUCCCGAAUGUGAUCUUAAAGGAUUUCCCUGGACCUUUAAUUAAGGGUAAGACAAGGACAAAAGAUUUAGAAAAGUGGUUGGAAUUGUCGAUUGCUUACCAGCGCGAGAGUUUGCCUGGGAGAGACUUAACAUUGUGGUAUGUGCUAAAACAUAAACUGUCCACUUCCGGUUCUUUGAGGGAAUUAUCCAAAAUAUUGUAUGAUUCGGACCAGCUUAUCCCUUACAUGGGCCAGAUGCAUUCGCAUGGUCGUCCGACUUUACUGUCGCAUAAACUCGACCCUAACAGCCAAAUGCAGAUACUGGCUCACUUACAGGUAGGUUCUCCGGGAGCGGCUCUAGACUUGGCGCUAGCUCAAAAAGAUUAUGCUUUAGCGUUGGUUUUGAGUAGUUUAAUUGGGAAAGAUAAGUGGUCAGAAGUUGUUGACACUUAUUUGCGAGAAGAGUUUAGUGUGUCAGCAGGGAAUAACCAGUUUUCUGUUUACUUACUGGCACUUAUUUUCCAAGUAUUUGUUGGUAACUCGAACAGAGUGUUACAAGAGUUAACCGCCAAUCCUUUGAAACGUGACUGGGCUAUUCAAGACUGGAAUAUUAUAUUGGCCGCAGUUUUGAACAAUAUUCCGAAGGAUGUUGACCCUCGGCAAUUGCCGCCCGUUGUGAUGGAAUUUUUAGUAGGCUUUGGGGUCUUUUUGGUACAGAGUGGGAAAUUAGCAGCUGGCGCUGUUUGCUUUGUUAUUGCAAACGUUCCACUAUCACAAAACGAGCUACUGCCACACUCUGGCGUUAAGUUUGAAUGCUUAGGCAGCAUUAAUUCUCUGGAUGCAGUGUUACUUUCUGAAGUAUAUGAAUAUUAUUAUACCACGAUUAAUGAUAACUGCCCGUUCUUUGCAUCACUAUUAUUAAUGAAAACCGUACAUGCGUCUGCAUUAUUGGAUUAUGGGUUACCCACUACAGUUCCAAAAUAUCUCGAUGUCAUUACAGGUUUGUUGCGGAAUGCUCCAAAGAAUAGUGCGAUAGCUGUAUCCUUAACACAUCAAUUGGAGUCAAUUAAUUUACGCCUAUCAGGUGUAACAACUGCAUGGAUAGGUAAACCUACCUUGAGUAGCGUCUGGGGACAGUUGGACAAGUCUUUUAACAAAUUCAUUGGUGGUGAUGCCGAUGACUUCAGCAAACAACCAGAGAAGACAGUAUUUGACAGUUUUACACCAAGUGCGUCGAGAAACGCCUCAAUGGUCGAUUUGAACCAUGGCGUUACUCCUAUGCGCCCAUCAGCAAUCAAAAAUUCUGGGGUAAACCGCAGUCAUACGGACUUGCCGGUUUCCAACAAAGGAGGAUACGCGCCACUUAAUGCACCUGGAAGUAACGUGUUCUCCGUUUCUCGGUCUAAUAACCACCCCCAUGGCACUGAGCAUGGAAAUUCUAUGUCGAAUCUGCAUGGCGAUUCCCAGCAUUUAACGCACAAAACCAAUUAUACACCACAUCGUGCAUCUAACUUGAUCUCUCCAAAGUACCCAGAAGAGCCACAGAACUCCCAUCUGCCAAAUCAGCAGUCCAACUUACCCUCACCGGCUAAUGGGCACUCUCGCAAUCCAAGUAUCCCAUCAGUAGCCACUCCGCCUCCGAUAUUUUCUGCACCUCCCAAACGUGCUAGAGGGAAAUAUGCCGCCACCGCCAGUGGCGCAGUGUCAGUCGAUCAACUCUAUUCCGAUGCAGGUCACUCCAACACCCCUACGAAAGUUAAAAGUGUCCCAACUUGUCCUGAGAUAGCGGAAACCCCAGCAGCACUUGCGACUAGACAGGCAACAGAUUCUAUGACUGAUUUCUUUGCUCCACCCUUACUCCAAGCGGGACUACAGCAAGAUCGGAGAUCAUCCGCUUACAGCGCUUCAUCACAAGGCAUAUUGCCUUCUUCUAGGCGAUCUUCCAAUAUUUCUGAUGUGAUGCUGCCCCCAAAGAAAUCUGGUAGCGGGAAACCGUAUAGGAAAACUACCGUUAACUAUACUCCCAUUGAUAUGGAGGCUUCAAGUUUGGCCCCUUCUUCAGUUUCCCUUUCACAGUCCACUGGGGACACAACUACAGAGGUGAAGCGUGCUCGUAAUUCCGGUGAAGCAUCCAACUCUUCGGCCACUGAAGUUGCUGAUAGUACGGUACUCCACAAGUCUCCAGAGUCUGUGGACACUUCUGAAUACUCAUUCCCCGACGAAUCUGUCCAAUCGUGGGAAGAAAAUGCGGAGGACGACCAGGAUCCACUGCAUACCGUCAGUGCUAUAAGCAAUACUGAAGUUCCUGUUGACAAAAGGGAUGGGGAAAGAGGAUCACAGAAUACGCUGACCAAAGCUGCACCAUAUAGUGAUUUGGCCCCAUAUGAACAUGAAGGAAAUGCUCCAUCGACAGAAUCACCCGCAAUCAAGGGCUCUCGUGUCCAGGUUCAAGUACAGGUGACCCCUCCAGAGGAUUUUGCUCAUAUUCAGAGCCAGGUGGUAUCACCCGAAAAGGAAGCUUCUCCGACGGUAGAGAAAGGUGCCAACGCUAAUGAAUCAUCACCUGAUCUUCACGAAAGACAACCAUAUGCUGGGCUAGGGGUCAGCUAUAAUCCGAACACAGGGGGGCCUCGCCCCUUUGCCUCCCACCAAUAUUUGCCAAGAGCGCCUGCGGUUCCGGCUUACAGCCCAAUUGAGGAAAACGCGGCGGAGGAGGGUAGAACCGAUAACCAGACGAAAGCUGUCGAAAAACAGGAGCACGCCGUACUAAAGCGCACAGUUUCUGGGCCAGUCAUUGGUUCCGAGAAGUUGAUGUCGCCUGCUUUAGCACAUCCUAUACCAAGGACAUCACGGUUCGAGCCUAUAAAGGAAAUCAUCCAGAAUGAUGAAGAUACCUUCAGAAAAGACAAGGUUCCGGUGAUCCGUGCUUCUUCUAAUCCUAAUUUCAACCCCUAUACACCGGUAGCAAGUGAGCAGUAUUACGAUGAUGUGGUAGAGGAUGAGUCUGAUGACUCGGAAGAGGAAUCGGAGCGGAAGAGACAGGAGAAGGAGAAGGAAGAAGAACGCAAGAGGGAGGCUGCGGAGAAAGAAAAGCGCAAAAACGAAGGUGGUGGUAGUAGUCGGUGGUUUGGCUGGUUGAAGAAGGAUACCAACGAGAAAAAGCCCAUCAAAGCAAAGCUAGGCCAGAAGAACAACUUUUACUACGAUGAAAAGCUGAAGCGCUGGGUGAACAAAGAUGCUACCGAAGAGGAGAAACAGAAGGUGUCUACGCCGCCACCCCCACCGCCUGUCGUGAAGAGGAAAAUGAACACGACGCCCGAGAUAAAACCAAGAUCCGGCUCUGUCGUCGGAGGUCCAGCCAUAAGGACCCAGGGCGCGGUGGCUCCCGUAAACCCGCAGGAUCCGCAGCCAUGCCAGGCAGUCGUAGGUGCGUCUUCCGCCUUACAGAAGCAAGCAUCGCCCGUGAAACCCAGAGACCCUGCUAUCAACUUGACCAGUAAAAAAGCUAACGGAUUGGAUGACCUCAUAUCUCUAACUGCAGGCCCAAGCAACGCCGUCUCCAGGCGGAAGAAGAAGCCGGGGCGCGGCUACGUGAACGUUCUAAACAACCUAUGA